GUUGCCACAUUAAGUCCAGAAGUACUUUGGAACCAGCUGGUUUUGCCCCCUUGGGUCCAGGCCUCCUUACCUGCCUGCUCACCACUGUGCCUCUCAUUGCUCACUGGUUUAUAGCACAGUUGAUAUCCCUCCACAGUGUCAUCUGAGAAGAGGCCCCAGCAAACUCUCAGUGAGGUGCCAGUUGCUGCAUUUGGAGCCUGGGGAUUGAUCACAGGGGCACAAGGAGCUGCAGAGGGGAAAACAGGAAAAAAAUUUGCUGAAUAGCAGAGGAACAAGGCACUGAAAUCUGGUUAUCAAGAGAAGCUGUGCAGGUUAUUUAAAGCAGUCUGGUGUUCCUCUCUUUCUUUCAAGCAACUACAAGUUGUACAAAGCUCAGGCCCCCAUGCCUGUUGCUUGGAGAUAUGUUGGAUCAGUGCUCCAAGAUGCCAAAGAGAGCUGGAUGCUGAUGGGACUGAGGGACCUCCUUUGUGUGCCCCCUCAUGAGUGAGCUGGCUGCUGCAUACUGCACUCCCACUGAGCAGGGGAGUGAGAUUUCCCCAACCUCUCUGUGCAAGGUUCUGCAGCAGCAUAAAAGUACUGACACAAUGGUAGCUUUGAUGAAGGUUUAUGAAAAAGAAGAUGAAGCUUAUCAGGAUUUGGUCACCAUGGCAACACAAUUCUACCAGUAUUUACUGCAGCCCUUCAGAGAUAUGCGAGAGCUGGCGACACUGUACAAACUGGAAAUCCUGAAGUCUUUGCAGUAUGAUAAGUUGGGGCCUAGAAGAGUGGCAGCUUUGCAGAAAGAUGCUGAAGAAUGGACUAAGCGAGCUGAGAGUGCUGUGUGCUCCAUUCAGGAUAUCACUGUGAACUACUUCAAAGAAACUGUAAAAGCUCUGGCAGCAAUGCACAAACAGAUGGAACAAGAUGAGGAAAGAUUUGGUAAAACCGCCUGGGCAUCAGCUUUGCCACGACUAGAAAACCUGAAAUGUAUGUUAGCAAAAGAAACCCUUCAGCAUCUGAGGGCAAGAGAGUUGUGCCUGAAACAGAAGAGAACUGGCAUUCAGAAACUCAUGGAGAGUCUUGGUGAGCAAGAAGAGAACUUAAGUGUAGUGGAGGAGCUGGAAAUACAGUAUUAUGAAACGCAGCUGGAGUUAUAUAAUGUACAGCUUGAAGUAUUGAAACAUGAAGAGAUGCUGCUUAUUGUACAGUUGGACACUAUAAAGAGGCAGAUAAAAGAGAAACAGGAUGAAGUUGUUUACUAUGAUACAUGUGAAAAUCCUGAGGAGCUCAAGGUCAUUGAACAGACAAUGGGACAACAUUACGCUAACUUGUCAGAAAUGACGAUGCUGAGGCAGAAGACUAAGCAGUUGGAGACAAAGCGUGGGACUGUCUGUGCGAGGAGAGCCUACCUCAGGAACAAAAAAGAUCAGUGUGAAGCAAGCCACCGGCAGAGACUGCAACAGGCAGAAGAGAGCAAAAAACGCUUCCAGCAGCAUCACAGCAUACAGAUAAAGAGAGACAAGCAAAAAGAGGAGGAGAAAAAGAAAAAGGCUUGGAUAAGCCAGGAACGUCAGAAAACACUGGAGAGGCUGAAAGCAUUCAGGGAGAAGUGUCCAGCUCAUGUUGUUCUGAAAACAUCUCGUCCCCAGCCUCUCAGUCCCAAGUUGCCACGAAACAUCACCGAGCAGGCUGUAGUCCUGUCCCCUCCACCUUCAUCCCCAGCAGUACUGUCCCCUGCACCCUCACCACGAGCAAGGGCAGCUCCAGAGCAGCCACAGAGCAUACUGCUGAUUGAAGCCAAAGAAUCAAAAGCUUUGUGCCAGAACACCCCAGCAGAUAUCCCUGUCCAGAUUUUUGUUAGUGAUGGUGACGCAGAGCUUACUGGUGGUGACACAGAGCAACAAAAGCACAGCAAGGAACUGUUGGUCUCUCCAUCCUCACCACCACCACCUCCUCCUCCACCCCCUCCUCCCUCCCCUCCUCUCUUGCCCCCUCCUCCCCCACCUCCCCCCUUACCUCUCCAGUUAAAGACACCACCAGCAACAGAGGAUACACCACUUCCCCUCAGCUCCAAUAGCCCCUCAGAAAGCCCUGCACUGCACAAACAGGAUGACUCACCCAGGACAUCUAUAAAUAAUUGCAUAGGUUCCAUGGAUGAAGUUUUGGCUUCUCUAAAACGCAGUGAAGUUCAUCUUCGCAAAGUGGAACAGCCAAACCCCUAUGCUUCUGUGAAAGACAGCAUCCUCUCUGCCAUAAGGCAAGGAGUUAAACUAAGGAAAGUGAAUCGAGAUACUGAAAAAGAUGUCAGUAAAGGGUCCCCUAAUGACCUAGAGAGAAGCAUUAAAGCAGCCAUGCAGAGAAUUAAGAAAGUGUCUGCUGAUUCUGAAGAAGAGGAGGACAAUGAUCGGAAUAAUGGAGAAUGGGACAGCUAACCAGUUCAGCAUAACAGACUUACUGACUGGAACUGUCUGCCUAAUUUUGCACAUUGUGGAAGACUGUCCCUUUCAAAAUGAAAGAAGUGUGAUUGUGUGUGUGUGUGAUAGUCCAAAAUGUCUUGUAAAGUAAAAUAAUCCUGUUGAUUUUCUAUAUAGGAGCUACAAAUUCUUAUUUUUGCAUAAGAAAUCAUACUCCAAAUUAUGCUUGCAUUAAUAGGUAUUUUUGGCUCAACCAUGUCAUGCUUUCACCACAUCUGAAGACAGUUAAAAUGCUGGAUUGAAACAUACACUCUUUAGAUCACUACUACAUAGUAGGUAAUGCUAUCACAACAAAGUUUAAGGAGUGAAAAAAUAACUGAAAAUCUCUUUUGUCAGAUAAAAGUAGAACCAAAUCUGUGGUGGCAGAGGCAGACCAGAAAACUUAGCAUAAUCUGGAAUCUUUCACUCCUACCUCCAUUGUCCAGAAAAUUCUUUAACAUUUUGCUUUUCUAGUGCUGCUCACUCUCAAAUAACUACAUGGAUGCUCCAUGUAUCAUUAUGUUAGAAAGUGUGCACUUAUGAAUGCGCUUGAUAAUGCUGUUGGGAAAAUUAGUAUCAUGUUUGAAAUAAGCACUACUGCAGUAAUAACUGAAGAGUUUACCUUUUAGGAAAAGAUUAAGUAUAGAGAACUUUUAGAUGCUAAAUGUUUUUCAUACUUCUACAUUUACAAUGAAAGAAAGAGCCAAAAUAUUGUAGACAGUAUUUUCCAGGAUCUAGUCCUAUAAUGCAGAGCUGCAUUUUCCUGCUGAAAACAUCAAUACAUGUUUACAGCUACUCUCAUGAAUUUAAAUUACCUGAUGGCCUUAUAAAUGGCAGGUAUUUGUGUUGUGCCUGGAAGCUGACUACUUAAAAAUUCAGCUACAUUCAAUGUAGAGACUGUUGCUAUUUUGGGUAGAUAGUGACAAAAAUGAUUCAAGGUUUUUUUUGAAGUUUAUACUGACCCUUAAUAAAAAUAUAUCUUGACAGAGGAA